AUGGAUUUCACCACUACUGGCUCGCUCAAUGAAGAUGGCAUCCACGUCGACAUGGAUAGACUGAAGAAGGGCGAGGUCAACCUGGGUACCUCCAUGUACGAUCCUCCACGUCCUCGACCCGCGCUCAACAAUUCUGACAUUUCCUCGCAGCAUGGCAGUCACAUUCAAGGACGGCGUCAUUCUCGGUACGCAGAACACUCUCACGGCAAAGCUGCGACAGCUAUAUACGUGUGCGGGACUACGAGGGACUUGAGAGCUGACAGUACCCCUCCACAUGCAGGCGCCGACUCACGAACAACCACGGGCUCAUACAUCGCCAACCGAGUAACCGACAAGCUGACGCGAGUCCACGACACAAUAUGGUGCUGCCGCUCCGUCUCGUCGGCCGACACGCAGGCCGUCGCGGAUAUCGUGCAGUACCAGCUCGGCAUGUACCCCAUGCGCAACCGCAAGCCGCCCAUGACGCAGACGGCGGCGUCCAUUUUCCAGGAGAUUUGCUAUUCCAACAAGGACCGCCUAUCGGCGGGCCUCAUCAUUGCGGGCUGGGAUGAGCGUCACGGCGGUCAGGUCUACUCGAUCCCCCUCGGCGGAUCGCUUCACAAGCAGUCCUACGCCAUCGGCGGCUCAGGCUCGACAUACAUCUACGGCUACUGCGACGCCAACUGGCAGGAGAGCAUGGAGGAGAAGGAGGCCGUCAAAAUUCGUCAAGGGCGCGCUGCGCGAGGCGAUCAAGUGGGAUGGCGGCUCUGGCGGUGUCAUUCUGCGACUGCGAUGCUGGCUCCCCCUGUGACCCGGCAUCCUGUUCGCCCGGGGCUGACGGGUGAGGCGGGCCUGUCCGUGGAUUUAAGAGCAGAGGAGGGGGGUCACGCCAUGCCACAACCAGCGGGAGGCUCAGUCGUCCCGGGUUCCUCUUCGGAGAGGGUACAUGAGGAAUACCCCGACGUUUCAGGGCCCUGUGUAAGGCUGAUGCCCCCGAAGAAGAGAAAGAAGACGAAGAACAGGGAUGGCGUGAGGUUUGACGGCAUGGAGUGCGCCAGCUGGCAGCUUGAGCAUGGGGAUGCGGUGAAGAUAGUCAGGCUCCUGGAGAGGCAAUGA